AGGCUGCCAUAUGGCAUUGUCUCAAUCAUUACGCGUACAAUGACGCUAUUUUUCUAUCAGAAAGACUUUUUGCUGAAGUGGACAACGAGGACACACUAUUUCUACUAGCCACAUGUUAUUACCGCGCUGGGAGGGUACGACAAGCGUACGGCUUGCUGACAAAAAAAUCACCGAGCACACCGCAGUGUCGUUUUCUUCUCGCGAAAUGCUGCUAUGAUUUAGAAAAAUGGGCGGAAGCCGAGGCGGCUAUUGUCGGAGGUUACUACAAACAAGUUAAAAAUUUAGACGACAUAGUUUUACAAUUCGGCGACCAAGCGUGCUUUUCACUCCAAAUAAUAGCUAAAGUAUACUACAAAUUGACAAGAACUUCAAAAGCCAACGAAGCGCAUAAAUUAGCAUUAAAGUUGAACCCAUUUUUGUGGCACUCUUUCGAGGAGCUCUGUAAUGUCGGCGAGAAGGUUGACCCCAACAAAGUAUUUCAGUUGGAAAAAAUAGACACCUUCGCCAUGUGUCACGGCACUAACCAGCUUAACUAUAUUUCCGAGCCUGAUGUCAUUCUUCCCAACACGCCCACGCCAAACAUCAAUAUGACUCCAACGCAGGCUGUGAUUGUCAAUGGAAAUAAUCAGGGUGCGAGAUUGCACCCCUCAAUAGAAGAAAGUCCCCAACCACAGGCUAUUUUUUACACAAACCUCUCGACGAUAUCACCUCGCAGCAAACCUCAGCGAUAUCGCAGUAUGUUUAGUAAUUCGAUGAGUCCUCUCACUCCAAGUUUUGGAAUUCUUCCGCUGGACAAUAAUACGCCAGAACCAACAGUACUACCUUCGUUAGUUACCUUAACAGAGUCUAAUGAUCAGAAAAGCUUAGCUAAACGUGUCAGUAGUCUUCGUGCUCAUGUAGGUCAAUUUAUGUCAAGAAAAGAGACUCCAUUGCAGCAAGGCAAGCCUGUGUUUUCCCAGUCAGGAAACACAAGCAACACGGCGAACAUAGUAACAGUAACACCAACAACCCCAACACCAGCAGCGCCAACUCUCCAGGGUCCAAACGUGCGGCGCUCUUCUAGACUGUUCAGUCACAGCUAUUCCGUGAAAGAGAACAACAAAUCUCCAAACAGGAACAAGUUCACGACACCAAAGUCCCCGUCUCGGAAGACCAAAGCUCGUCUGUCGAAGACUAACCUAAACAAAGCGACAUUCAACGAACUGAACGAGCGCAACAGAAGCGAUAAAGAGAAAAGUGAGACAAUAACUUCUGAAAAAAUGGUCGCUACAACAAAUGCGUUGAAUCAAAAUAGUAAUACCAAUAACAACAACAAUAACAGUAGUAAUAAUAACAGUAAUAAUAAUAACAGCAAUAGCAAUUGUGCUACUCAACAGCAGUGCGCGGUUUUGGUUCAAAAACAGUGUGCAGAAGGUCUGAUGUCGCUAUUGAGAGAACUGGGGCUGGCUUAUCAGCACUUGAGUCAGUUCAACUGCUCCCAGGCCGUAGAAAUUUUGAGUGUGCUCCCAAAGCAUCAUUACAACACAGGCUGGGUCUUGUCAAUGCUGGCUCGAGCUCACUUCGAGAUGAAUGAUUACAAAAAAGCCGCGAAUUACUUCGCGGAAGUCAGACAGUUGGAGCCACAGAGAAUGGACCUGAUGGAGAUCUACAGCACUGUCUUGUGGCACUUGCACUCCGAAGUCCAGCUGUCCACCUUGGCUCAGGAGCUGGUCGCUGAAGAUCGCAGCUCUCCUGCGGCCUGGUGCGCGACUGGUAAUCUUUUUUCUGCACAGACCGAGCACGAAACCGCGAUAAAGUUCUUCCAGCGCGCGAUCCAGGUCGAUCCUAAUUUCCCCUACGCCUACACGCUGCUAGGACACGAGUACGUGUUGACUGAGGAACUGGAGAAGGCUGUUCAUGCGUUUAGGAACGCGAUCAGGCUGGAUCCCAGGCACUACAAUGCUUGGUUUGGGCUGGGAACUAUUUAUUCUAAGCAGGAACAGUACAGCUUAGCUGAAGUUCACUUCAAGAGAGCGCUGCAGAUCAAUCCGUAUCACUCGGCUAUUAUGUGCCACAUUGGAGUCGUUCAACAUGCGUUGAAGAAGACAGAUCUUGCACUCAGGACUCUCAAUGUUGCGAUUACUAAUGCUCCGGAUAAUACUUUGUGCAAGUUUCACAGGGCUAGUAUUAAUUUCUCCAUUGGACGGUACAAUGAGGCGCUUAGAGAGUUUGAAGAACUUAAAAAUAUCGCACCCAAAGAAUCUCUAGUCUAUUAUUCGAUAGGAAAGGUUCAUAAAAAACUUGGCAAUACUCAUUUGGCGCUGAUGUACUUCAGUUGGGCUACGGAUUUAGACCCCAAAGGCGUUAACAGUCAAAUUAAAGAAGCUAUUUUAAGUCCUGGACAAGGUGAUGAAGAAACGCCAGUUGCUAAUCCUGGAAACGAGCAACAGGGUCAAAAUAUAACCCAACAUGAAACAGAAGGAGGUGGUGAAUUAACGGCCGAGGUCAGCGGUCUCGCAAGUACAAUAAGCGUAGUAACAAAUCAAGAUGACAGCGAUGACAGCUUAUGA